AUGUCUCUAAAAUACUCAGAUCUCUAUGAAGAAUUAGAGACCAUAGGAAGUGGAAGUUAUGGUAUCAUGAUAUUCCAUUUUCAAUAGGAUCUGCUUAUUUGGUUAAGAAUAAAAAGACUGGUCAAUUAUCAGUGGCUAAAAAAGUUCAUUUAGGGAAGCUCUCAGAGAAAGAGAAAAUAAGUGCUUUGAGAGAAGCAGAACUUUUAAAAAGUCUUGAUCAUCCUAAUAUAGUGUAAUACAUGGGAAGUUUUGCAGAUAGUAGUUAAUUGAUAAUAUUAAUGGAAUAUUGCGAAGGUAAAUUAUAUAAUUUUAUAAAUUGUUUAGAAGGAGAUUUACAAUAUCACAUAAAAAAAAGAAAGUAAGGUAAAUAAAUCCAAUACUUUCCUGAGAAAAUGAUUUUGAAUUGGUUUAUUCAAUAAUUAUUUGCUCUCUAAUUCAUCCAUUCUAAAAAGAUCUUACAUAGAGAUAUUAAAACAAGUAACAUAUUUCUUACUUCAAAUGGAACAGGUAUUAAAUUAUAUUGUUAUUCUUAGUUAAACUUGGAGAUUUUGGUGUUUCUAAAGUAUUAGAAAGUACUAUAGAUUAAGCAUCAACUGUUGCUGGUACUCCUUAUUAUAUGAGGUAUUGAAGUAUUUCUGAUAAUAGUCCAGAAGUUUGUGAAAAUAAACCAUAUACUUUUAAAUCUGAUGUUUGGGCUCUUGGAUGUGUUUUACAUGAAUUAUGUACUUUCAAACAUGCUUUUGAUGCUAAGAAUAUUUUAAGUCUUGUAACUAAAAUUUUAAAUGGAUAAACUGAAACUCUACCUUCUCAUUAUUCAAAGGAUUUACAAUAAUUAAUACAUAGACUUCUUACUAAAUAAGUAUAAUCACGUCCUCUAGUUGCUGAAAUUAUUAAUAUGCCAUUUAUUUAAUCUGUUAUGUAAGAUUUUAUUAGAAGUGGAGGCAAAUAAAACUUUUGUUCAGUUGUUGGAGUCAAAAAAAUUAAAUAACAUGAAAUAUAGGCUCAUAAUUAACAUUAAAUAUAAUAAAAUCAGAUAAAUCAACAUAAAUAAGAUUAAGAAUCAUAUGAACAUUCUAUUAAAGAUGAAAUAUAUAAAGAUAAGGAUGAUGAAAUUAUUAAUUAGACUGUUAUAUCAUAAUCAUUAAAUAAAAGUAAGAUUUUUUAAAAUAAAUAGAGUAGAUUGAUAAUGCAAGUAAAUAUACUAUUGGUGAAACUAUUAUGAGUUAGGGAUCGUAGUUUUUUGAAUCAGAACCAAAAUAAAUAUCUCCAAAAUCUAUAUUAAAAUUAAAAAAAGAAUAAGAAACCUAAUAAAAAAUUGAUAUGUUAUCCAAAGCAGCUUAAAAUAUUAGUCAAUAAAACUAAAAAGAGGCUGAAUUAAGAAAAAUUUAAAAUCUUUAUGGUACUUAAUCACAAUUUUAUCAAUAAAAACAAUUAGAAAUAUAACAAACUACAACAUAAUAAUAAUUUUAUUAAAAGUAAUAACAAAUAGAAUCACCUUUAUAAAAAAAUUAAUAAUAAUAAUAAUAAAUUAAAUAAUUAUAAUAAUAGAAUAAUAAUUUUGAUUAAAGCUUAUAAUCUUCUUCUAAAUUUAAACCUAUUGAUGAAGAAGUUAUGAAGAAAAGCUUAUUAAAUUUAAAAUAAAAAUAAGCUUAAAAAAAGGAAUAAUCAUUUAAAUAAUAAACUAUGGAUUAUCAAAAUGAUGAAUAUCCUGAAGAUUUUGAGUAUUAUGAUGAUUUUGAAGAUUAUGAUUCUGAUAAUGAAUUUUAAAAUGAAACAGUUAUUAAUGAAGAAAUACUAGGUGAUGAAAUGGAUGGAACUAGAUUGACAUAAAGAUAAUCUGAUUAAGAUUUAUAAAAUGUUGUAGAAGUUUAUAAAAAUGAAUUAGCAAAAGCUAAAAGUGCAAAUGAAACUUUAGCAGGUAACCUAGUAAUUUUAGUAUUAUUUAGAAAUAUAAGAAGAACCUGAAUCUUCUUAUUCAUCCAGCUUUUACAAAACUGAUGAGAAGUUCAAGCCUAAAAUUUCAAUGAUAGAAAACUUAAAAAAUAGUAUCUUGUAAUAAAUUCCAUAGGAUUUAUUUAAAAUUGCUUACAAUAGAAUUUUGAGUUCAAUUGAAAAUAAAUAAAGUUCUUAAGAAGUAUAUUCUUAUUACAUAUAUUAUAUAGAUGUACAAAGACUUAAAAUAGAUAUUAGGCAAAAAAUAUUCAGGAGCUGGAUUUUAAAUAGAAUAAUUGAUUUAUUAGGAGCAAUUAUAUAAACACUUUCAAAACUGA